AUGUGGCUGCGGCGCGUCUCCAGCACGGCGGUGACCGCGCUCCUGCUGGCGCAGACCGGCCUCCUGCUCUUCUUGGUCUCCCGGCCCAGACUGCCGCCCCCGGCGAGCGGCGAGGAGCGCGUGCACGUGCUGGUGUUGUCCUCGUGGCGAUCGGGCUCGUCCUUCGUGGGCCAGCUCUUCAGUCAGCACCCCGACGUCUUCUACCUGAUGGAGCCCGCGUGGCACGUGUGGGCCGCCCUGUCGCAGGGCAGCGCCCUGGCGCUCCACAUGGCGGUGCGCGACCUGGUGCGUUCCGUCUUCCUGUGCGAUAUGGACGUGUUCGACGCCUACCUGCCGUGGAGGCGCAACCUGUCGGACCUCUUCCAGUGGGCGGAGAGCCGGGCGCUGUGCUCGCCGCCCGCCUGCAGCGCCUUCCCGCGCGGUGCCAUCAGCAGCGAGGCGGUGUGCAAGCCGCUAUGCGCGCGGCGGCCCUUCGGCCUGGCGCAGGAGGCCUGCCGCUCCUACAGCCACGUGGUGCUCAAAGAGGUGCGCUUCUUCAACCUGCAGGUGCUCUACCCGCUGCUUAGCGACCCUGCGCUCCGCCUGCGCAUCGUGCACCUGGUGCGCGACCCGCGCGCCGUGCUGCGCUCACGCGAGCAGACAGCCAAGGCACUGGCACGCGACAACGGCAUCGUGCUGGGCACCAACGGCAAGUGGGUGGAGGCCGACCCGGAGCUGCGCGUGGUGCGGGAGGUGUGUCGCAGCCACGUGCGCAUCGCCGAGGCGGCCACGCGCAAGCCGCCGCCCGCCCUGCGCGGCCGCUACCGCCUGGUGCGCUUCGAGGACCUGGCGCGGGCGCCGCUGCCCGAGAUCCGAGAGCUGUACGCCUUCGCGGGCCUGAGCCUCACGCCGCAGCUCGAAGCCUGGAUCCACAACAUCACGCACGGCGUCGGGCCCGGCGCGCGCCGCGAGGCCUUCAAGACCACGUCGAGGGACGCGCUCAACGUCUCGCAGGCUUGGCGCCACGCCCUGCCCUUCUCCAAGAUCCGCCGUGUGCAGGAGCUGUGUGCUGGCGCGCUGCAGCUGCUGGGCUACCGGCCCGUGUUCUCCGAGGACGAGCAGCGCGACCUCAGCCUGGACCUGGUGCUGCCGCGCGGCCCGAGCAGCUUCAGCUGGGCCUCGUCCACUGCCGAGCGCCCCGGGCCGUAG